CGUAUUUUGGAAGAACAGUAUAUAUUUAAGGAAUAGCGCACAGAAAAGUCAAUGAUAAUUUCAAAUAAAAAAAGUUAAGAACUUUGUGAUAUUAUUGCGCAAGCUUCGUUCGUUGUAACCCUUUAAGAUCAUCCUUCCAAAGUAUUAAUCCCUGGCUUAUCUUGUCAAGGAAAAUGGCUCAUAUGUUACGAAUUUCCCGCAUCCAUGCACAUUAGCAAGUAACGGAAAAUCGGAAUUUACGUGUUUGCUAGGAUCGAUUGAAGAUAUUGAAAAGUACUUUGAAGUUUGUGUGGGAACGUUUAAGAAAGAUUGAUCGAGUGUAAGCUUAAGAAUCGUUGAUACGAACAGUUGAAAUUUAUAGGCGGAAGAUAAUUUCCAAACGAUAAAAAGGACAAAACUUCAGAGGCUUCAAGAGGACAAAACUAUAGACAAGUUAUUAAAUUGUACACACGUAGAAUACGAUUACGUUAUCUAAAAAUGUCGAAUGUCGAAAAAUGCUGCGGAUUGUAUUCCAUUUCUAACAUGAUAUUGAUAUGACUUUUGGUGACCCUCGGUAUUUUGUCAGACUUUUGUGCUGUCACGUACGGACAAAUAUAUAGGAUCAAUAGCAGCUUUUUUCCAAACCAUGAAACACAACAUUAUCAAUGCAUUCAUUGUGAAUCUGUUACACGUGUAAACAUCCCAUUAGAUUGUAGCCGGCAUAUAUUACCAUAUUAAAUGUCGCUUUAUAUAAUUGUUAGUAAUUUCAAAAUCUAUUCGACUCCAAUUCCUAGUUUAUACGUAUAACGUAGUCUAGGAUAUUUUCCUUUCUUUUAAUAUAUUUUAGAAGUUCGAGUUUUCUCCCUUUUUUUAUUUGAAACGCAUUUACAGGGAUAGUCUGGCAAUUUUAAGACUUUGAAAAAAGAAAUCAAUUGUAUUCACUUAUCUAUCAUCUAAAAUAGAGCUUGCUUCCCUUAUCCUUACUUCAAAAAUCCCAAGAGCUUUUUAACCAUGCAAAACAUGGAAAGUCUUUUCGAGCGAACUAACGAAAAAGAUCUUCAUCGGUAUCUUUUCGUCAUAAGGAUGGAAAAUAUACGGUCGAACGGAUCGCCAAGCUUAAAAGUUUUCGCAACUUCAUUGUUAACAUUUCCAGGAUCAGAGAGGUUUACAGUCGAACAUCAAGAAGAAGUUUCAUCUUGAUGAAAAUCUUCGAAAAAUAUUCGACGAUACGUUUGGCGACAUUGAAAUUUUGUAUAAUCGAAUACCGAAAAUAAAGAAACGAAUUUGUAUAAAAUCUGAGGUAUAAAACAUGUAUAUAUGACUGUACUUAUUGAUGAAUUUUAAUCUUUUGUUCCUACAAAGUUUUCACUGUCCACCUUCUAUUAAUGCAACUAUAUUAUUACAUGUUAAUGAGAGCCAAUUCAAUCAACUUUCCUUAGUAGUUAUUAAUACUUAUCGAAGGUAUUGAUCCGCUUUCCUUUAACAAAUUUUCCUCGAUACCCGACAGUUAAAUUAAUUAUUUCUUUUGAAAUUGUUGAAACUUAAAACUUGUAGUGAAUUUCGCGAUAUAUAUUUGCAAAAGUUAGAAACAACACUUUCCAACUUCGAUUAAAAUCUAAUCAAGUUUAAUUUUAGUCACGUAUUCGAUUACUAUCUUUGAUAUAAUGAACGAUUAUCAAUAAGUUUCGAAUAUAACACGCCAUAAUGAGGAGAGACAAACGUAAAAUUGUUAAAGUACUCAAAGAGAAAUUUCAAACGGCUAUGAUAAAUUAUGAUUAUGGAUCACUCCAUUUUCAACAAGAUCUCUAUACUAUUUGAUCACACUUCUGAUUGUAACAAGCACACCAUUAGUAUGGUGUAAUUCUGAGCCAUUAAACUAACGCUCGAAAAUCGCGAAAACACUCUCGGAUUAACAUUUUGAUUGACGCUAAAUCUUUUCUCGGCAAAGAAAUGGUAUUUCUUGAUCAAUUUCGUUCGCUUCAAGGAUACGAUAAUAAAUGGCAAAUUACUUACAAAAUUAAUUUCAUCGAACAUAUCUGUUCCGAAAGUUGUAAUAAAACAUCUUUCUGGAGAACUGAAAGAUUCAAUUUUCAUUUCUAGUUUCAAGAACAUUUCAGACUGUAUUUCUUCGUAAAAUAUUUUUACAUAUUCAUCAAAUGUCUAUUAUGAUAUCUGGUAAUACCUAUUCACUGCACACGCGAUAAUGGUAUUGGUUUUUGAAUCGAUAAACGUCAUACACUGCAUAGAAAUCAAUCGCUACUUAGCUACAAUUUUAUAAAUAAGUCUACUUACUAACAAUUGCGAUAAAUCAAUAGGAAAAAUUUAAUCGUCAUUAUUUUAUGUUCUUAUUAUUUGUUCGUUAUAAGUACUUAAUACAUUUCCAUUUCUAUUCCAAAGAUUUUCCUUGGUAUUGUAUUUUUCUUUCGUUUUCGUGCGAUUGAAUGUAUAAAAAUUAAAUCCGUCAAACUGAAAUUUAAUGGUUUGAGAAACGUCGCUGUUCUUCGUGUAAGGUUCAUGAAUCAUUAAGGAGAAAAACGUAUGUUUCUUUAUUUUUGUUGGAACGUUCGAAAAAGUAAUUUCGUAUAUCACGGACGAUAGAUUUUCUAUUGAUUGAUAAUUGUAAUAAUCAUGUAAAAAUUUUUGUAAUUUUCCAUCUGUUAAAUUUGAAAGAAAGUGACAUUAUAAAAAUAUAACAUUUUCUUUAGGAAAAUAGAUAAGUAAAUAAAUCGUAAUAUAGAGUGAAAAGUGAUUAUACCAUAUACAAAUUAUCUCAUAUAAUAAUUUAUCGACAUUGUAAUGUUAUCAAUAUAGAUCCUAGUAACUUUCUAGUUCUUUUGUAAUGUAACUAGCUGCAUAUACUGAUUCCAAAUUUUAACGGUCUCGUUCAAAUAGUACUGGCCACUGGCCUUAUAACUUUGACUUUCAAAGUUAUUAUAACAUAAUUUAUGCAAAAAUGCAACGUGAUUUCCUACAUUAUGAUGUAAUACAAGUUUUAAUGUAACUGUUUUAAUAUAACAUUUUCUUACUUUCGUCAUGUGCGUGUGAUGAUUUUAUUGUUUUGUGUUGUACUUGUUUUUGUUUACAUGCGUGCCCUUUAUUUAUAUAUGGGUGCAUUUUAAAUGAAAUACGAAACGAUAGUAAAAUAUCUACUAGGGUCUGGAAUAUUAUUUUAAGAGAAUAUUAUUUUAAUAUUUUAAUAUUAUUGUUAACAAAGCAUAAUUAAUUAUGUAAGGGAUGGAAUAUCUUAUGAUGCAAAAUUCGAAAAAACAGAAUGAAAAAUAUAUUAAAUAUGAUAAUAUGAAACUACAAUCUGAUAAAGAAAUGGAAGAAUCUCAUUGUAGUUCACAAAACUUUCAUUUGAAGUUGUCACAAGAUUCUACUAUAUCUCAUUCGCAAGAAGUAAGUGAUGAUGAAGAUAUAAUAGUAAUAAGUGAUUCUAGCUCUAAUUCAACUUGUUCUGUUUCUAAGUAUGCUUCUACAUCAAAAGUUGCAUCCAAUAAACAUAUUCCAACAGACAAUAAGAUUUAUAUUCUAGAUUCUUCAGAUUCUGAGUUUUCAGAGACUACAGAUAAAAAGUAUUUCAAAACAUGUAAGAUAAAUGAAAAAUUGCAGUUUGUUAGUAAUUAUAAAGAAAGAGAAGAUAUUCCAAAAAGCAAUGAGAUAUUAUAUACAUCUGAUGAAUCUUCCAGUAUUGAGUAUAUCAAAGAAGAUAUACCUUCUAUAUCUUCUAAUAAAACUAGUAGCACUUAUGUCAGUUCUACUACAGAAAACAUUGUUAAAAGCAUGGCAGAUACAAAUGUCAAAUCUCAUGGCGAUACUAUUAAUAAUGAUGUUAAUAAUUCUAAGAAUUCUGAUAGUAUUGCUCGAUCAUUUAAAACUGUAUCUGCUACGAAUAGGAACUGCAUUGAUUUUAAGAAGAAACUUUCACGAGAAGAUACUAAAAAUAUUCUAAAAAAUAUAAAAUCUUCACGACUAAUAUAUGAAUCACCAAAAAUUAGAAAAGAGAAAAAUGUUGCGCUGGAUGAGGAGAUAGAUGACAAUGUCAUACAUCCAGCUAUUUCACCAAAAAAUAAGUUAAAAGCAAACAAUAUAGUUAUUGAUGAAAGUCCAAUAGAUUCUGAGACUGAUAUUAUUCAAGGCUCUCAGGUGAAUCUAACAAAUCCUUAUAAAACCCAUGUUAGUAAAUUUUUGAGUAAAACAUGUGCAAAAGAAGAUCAAGUUCCAACAUAUACUGAACUAUCAGAAAGGAAGAAAAAACAGAUUUCACAAUGGCUCAUGGCUAAUUCACAAAGUGAUUCCCAAAGUGACAGUUCACCUGGUAUUGUGCCUCUUACUAAUACAAAUGAUAUAAGUUCUGGUAAUAGUAGUCUGGAAAGAUUAGAGAUGAAUUAUGAAACUCCAAAUAAUAGAGGAAGGAUACAUCAGUUUCCUGUAAGAGAAAGUAAAACUACAAACCCAGAUUAUAACAAAACAUCUUACCAUACAGUACCGCGUCAGAAUACAAUAAAUGAAUUUGUCCAAAGAGCAAAACAUAAUGAUCUUGAGCUCCCUACAUUAAAAAAGAGUCAUAUUGAUAAUAAUGUGUCAACUCCAACGAAUUCUACAAUGAAUGUACCACGAAAUAUAGAUAUCAUGGAUUGUGCAGAUAUAUUAGAUAAAUUAUAUGGCAAAUCUUGGCGCAAUAAAGCCGAUGUAUUGUUUCCAAACUCUGAACCACGUAAACAAAUAAUCAAAACAAAAAGUAGAGCAGUUCAAACUGAUAGAAAGAUUACAAAGAGGGAAAGAUUUUACAUACCAGAUUCAGAUGACGGUUUUAACCCAUCUUUAAACGAUUUGAAAUUACGAAAUUCAUCAACAAAAAAGGAUGUGUGGAAGAAUACGAAGAGGAGAGAUAGCUUUAUUAAAGAUGAUACAUCAUCAGAAAGUGGAUGUGAAAGUUUGUACUAUACUGCAUUGACGAAUCCAAGGGUAUCAAAAAAUAGUACACAAUCAAAACUGACAGUUCCAGCAAUUGCACGGCGAGUUCUUGCAAUAUGUGAUUCAGAUACUGAAGAUGAAGGUAAUAUACACAAUGAUAAUCAAAUAUUUAACAUAAGAAGAAAAUUGUCAUUCAGUAAUGAUGAAAGUGAAGGCUCAAGCACUAGUGAAUUUGAUCCUGGUGAUGAUGUACCACCAAAAUCUACAAUUAAGAAAACUUCUACUAAAGCUAGACAGCAAUUAUUUAAAUUAAACACUCAAAGCAAAUUAAUUUCUGAUAAUUCAAAGUAUGAAAGAUGUACCAGCUUCCUGGCAUCUUUGGCUCAAAGUGUUUCUCUUGCUAAUGUACAUCCAGAUGCUAAGAAAUACAGAUUAGAUUAUAAAAAUAACAAAGAAGAUUUGUGCAAUUAUUUGUAUAAAUUAUAUAAUGAAAAAGUAUUUGAUAAUGAGUUACCAAAAGACAUGUCAAUAGAGUGGAAUGUUCGUAUGAGAGGAACUGCUGGUUUUUGUUAUAACAAAAAAUCAGUGAGAACACUUGGUGGUAUAGUAAGAUCUUCACGAAUAGUUUUGGCAACAAAGAUUUUAGAUACUCCAGACAGACUUAGAGAUACCUUAAUUCAUGAAAUGUGUCAUGCAGCUGCAUGGUUGAUAAAUGGGGUUUCUGAUGGACAUGGUCCAUUUUGGACAAAAUGGGCCAAUAAAGCUAUGAAAAUAUUUCCUGAAUUACCUCCGAUAAAAAGGUGUCAUGAUUACGAAAUUAAAACAAAAUUUACAUAUAAAUGUAUAGGCUGUGGAUACAGUAUUGGUAGACAUUCCAAAUCUUUGGAUAUCGAAAAAAAACGAUGUGGUCAUUGCUAUGGAAAAUUCGAAUUAUUAUUAAACAAGACAACAAAAUCUGGGACUGUACAAAUGCAAACUCCGAAAAGAGAACUUUCGGCGUUUGCGCUUUAUGUUAAAGAAAACUAUAAUUCUGUAAAAAAAGAACGUAACAUAAAACAUGCUGAAGUGAUGAAAAUUUUAGGUCAACAAUUUUCGGAAAUUAAGAUUGCAAAGAAACAAGAAAAUUUUGGAAAUAAUCCAAAUACUUCUAGUUAAAUAAGUGACCGAGAACAUAUUUAGCGUUUAUGUAAAAUGCUUCUUAUAUUUUAUACAGACUGCGUAUUUUAUAGAACUUAAUCAUUCUUAUUUUAUGUGAACAUUUUAUGAUUGGCACAACUGACAUGUUUUACCAUUGCAGGCAUUGGAGUAUAAAUAGUAAAACGAAAUGUUUAUUGUACACAAGAUAGGGUUAUUAUAUUAUAGUAAACAUGAUUUUUAGAUCGAUGAAUUGUAUAGACGUGGUGACAACUUGUAAAAGUUGUUAGCGAAAGUUCUUAAUAAAUGACGUAUACAAAUUAAA